AUGUCUUCAUCCACAUCAUCAAGCCAAGAUUUCCUCCCUUCAUGGACCGGCCCAAGUUUCGAUACCUCUCGGCUAAAAACAGAACUGACCUCGAACCCGGCACAGGUCCCAGAGCCAGAUUCGCCUGAAGUGCUCGCAAGGUCCGUAUGUACAGACCAUAUGGCAGUCGUGCGCUGGAACCAGACAGAUGGCUGGGCGGACCCGGAGCUCAUCCCCUACGGCGCCAUCUCCAUGAUGCCAACCGCUAGUGUCUUUCAUUACUCGACCGCUUGUUUCGAGGGCAUGAAGGUUUAUCGCGGACACGACGGGAACUUGCGCCUUUUCCGACCUCAGUAUAACUGCGCUCGCAUGCUAGCUUCGGCCCUUCGGAUUGGAUUGCCCGAGUUCGAUCCUGCCCAGUUGCUCGAUUUAAUCCGGGAGCUGUGCGCAGUUGAGUGUCCGAAAUGGCUGCCCAAAGAUCGCGCCGGAGAGUGUCUUUACCUUCGGCCCACGCUUGUUGGGACCGACGCCAAUCUUGGUUUUCAGGUGCCGCGAGAGGCAAUGCUGUUUAUAGUUGUUUCGUUCUGGCCGAACCCCAAACCUGCCCCCUCUCUCGGAGAGACGGGAUCCGCUCCUCAAACCAAGUCCCUACGUCUGUUGUCCAGCAGGGAGGGGAUGGUUCGCGCUUGGCCGGGUGGUACUGGGUCAGCGAAGAUCAGCGCGAACUAUGGUCCUUCUCUUCUGGCCCACGGGGAAGCCAAGAGCAAAGGCUUUGACCAGGUGCUGUGGCUGUUUGGUCCCGAGGGAUACGUGACCGAAGCUGGAUCUUCGAAUUUAUUUGUGAUCUGGAGGAACUCCGAGGGAAAACUGGAGCUAGUCACCGCACCAUUGACCGAGCAUACGAUUCUCGCUGGGGUGACAAGACAAAGCAUUCUGGACCUCGCACGAGAAAGGCUGACUGGUGGUUGGUCGUAUCGAUGGGAUGGAGAGCCACUGGAUGUUGUGGAGACCAAAUUCACGGUUUUUGACAUUAUCAAAGCUUCUGAGCAAGGACGAUUGAUUUCAUCUUUUGUUGUUGGCACUGCAUGCUUUCUUGUUCCUGUGUCUCACAUCGAAUUUUCAGGACGGGGUAUUGAUAUUCCUCAGGAUGCAACUGCUCAUGUGUCUGCUCUGAGAAAGUGGAUGACUGAUAUUACGACCGGUGUCGAAAACAGUAACUGGGGAGAUGUUGUUCGGGAGAAGGUUGUCACUUUGUAG